GUCUCCUUUACCUGGACAGAGAUUGAAAGGUUUGUGUGUCUUGCGACACUAAAAACUCUGGCUAACUGGUUUUAUUAACAUAUUAUUUUUCAUUUCUGUUUAAUGGACGAAGAAUUCUCCUGAUUUCAGUUGAAGAAAGUUCUGACGGACGUCCGGUGCCAUGGACUGGAAGACCUUUCAAGCGCUCUUGAGUGGGGUGAACAAAUACUCUACAGCUUUCGGGCGCGUCUGGCUCUCGGUGGUGUUUGUCUUUCGAGUGAUGGUGUACGUGGUGGCGGCGGAGAGAGUGUGGGGCGACGAACAGAAAGACUUUGACUGUAACACGAAGCAGCCUGGCUGCUCCAACGUCUGCUAUGACUACUUCUUCCCCAUCUCCCACAUCCGUCUGUGGGCGCUGCAGCUCAUCUUCAUCUCCUGCCCGUCCUUCCUGGUGGUCAUGCACGUGGCCUACCGGGACGACCGCGAGCGCAAAUACAGAGCGAAACACGGCGAGGAGGCCAAGCUGUACAACAACACGGGAAAGAAGCACGGCGGUCUGUGGUGGACUUACCUGAUCAGUCUCUUCGUGAAGACCGGCAUCGAGGUGGCGUUUCUCUACAUCCUGCAUCACGUCUACGACAGCUUCUACCUGCCGAGGCUGGUCAAGUGCGAGGUGGCGCCAUGUCCCAACCAGGUGGACUGCUACAUUGGCCACCCGACCGAAAAGAAGGUCUUCACCUACUUCAUGGUGGGAGCAUCCGCGCUGUGCAUCAUCCUUAACAUUUGCGAGAUAGUUUACCUGAUCGCGAAGAGAAUGGUACGGAUCGUGAACAAGAUCAAACGGCGCCAUCAAAACGUGGCCGUCCACCACCACGACUACCACGACGACCCCUUUAACAGCAGCAACCUGCAACCUCCUUCCAAGAUGGACCUGAAGGACAAACCUCCGUCCUUCAGAACCGCAUCUGGGCUCAGACCAAACGGACUCAAGCUGGAGGAGAGGAUACGGGCUUCAGCUCCAAAUCUGUUGUCGGCCUGAGCAGGAAACUUGUGGAAGUCCUGAAAAACAGUCUCUCACUGGAGCUUGACUCACUGAACUCAACCUGUGGGUCCACAGCUAAGACUCUUAGAGCAAAUAAACCCUGGCUUCCAAGUCAACACAAGCAUUGUUUAAAGCCAAAGGAGAAGAUUGAUUUCUUUUACAUACUCUUUGUGCUCUUCGGGAUUCACCCCUCUCCCGUAUUAGGAAGUGCUUCUGUCACUCAUGGAGUUCUAACAGGGGAGUGGAGGGAAUGAAAGAGGCAGUGGUAGGAGGUAUUGACUCUCCCUGCCAGUGUCUACAGCGGUGUGUUAGCCUGUGUUUUGUACUUUAUUUAAACCUUAUCUCACAGGAUCGAUGAAUGUUUAUGCGGCUGGUUAAUACUUGAAGGUAAAAACUGGCCAGAGAUGAUGUUUCAACCUCUAUACAUCUAUUACAACUAUAACAGCAUAUCAUGGAUAUAUUUCUCCACCUGACGCCUCUGUGGUCUCAUCCUCGCCUGCUUGUGUGCUGCAGAGCUAUUCCUUUUUCAUAAAUGCCUGUGUUUUGACGUGCGUGUACACAGCCGCCCCGAUCCAACACCACUGUUGAUCUGAAUCAGACCAAAGGAAUGCUGAUGUUUAAUCCUGUGGGAUCGCGAGAGCGAACUAGCUGCUGUGUUUCAACGACAAAAUGUGUAUUGUGCUUUGAAAUAUCAGGUCAUUCUCUGCACUUCUUGUUUAUUUUUUUAUAUGCAUUAAAUUUAUUGAACAAUUACU